UUAUCAUUUGUAAUCAUGUUGGACACACAUUGUUUUUCCAUACUCGAGGAAGAAUUUAUCUCUCUCAUAUUUUUAAACCCAAACAGAUAUGUUCUCUACUGGAAUAAACUUCGUACUCUGGAUCUCAGAGAUUAUUGCAUUGUCUUUAAUACCAAUGGUGAGCCAGGUUCUAAAAUGCCAAGCGAGACUUUCUAUCUCUUGUGUAAGAAGCUUCCCGAAGAUAAAAGAUUAAGGGCAACUCUUAGUCAGCUGAAAUUAAGGUACAUUAUCAACCAGAAAGAAAAAGAGAGGAGAGACGAAACAUUCUCGCGGAAAUGCAUCUACUGCUCGGAGACUGUGACUGGGGGGAUAGCCAAUUCCUUCCACCAUCUCACUUUCAAACACGGAUUCUCUCUGGGCAAUCCCGACAACAUUGUGAAUGGGGCACGGUUGUUGAACAUCUUAGAAGAGAAAUUGAGUAAAUUACUAUGCCUUUGCUGUGAGAAGACCUUCAAGACACCGGUCCUGCUGCGAGAACACAUGAGGAAGAAACAGCACCGUUCUCUGAACCCUAAGAAUAAGAUGUAUGACAAGUUUUACCUUCUGAAUUAUCUAGAGCCGGGCACACCAUGGCAAGAGGCAAAGCAACGCCACGACACAGAGAACGAGACAGAGUGUUUAGACAUCACGCCGCAGGAGACAGAACAAGAUUGCCUCUGGACGGACUGGAGGGAGGACGUGAGCACCUCUAUGACUUGCCUCUUCUGCAGCUUCACCACCUCCAAGGUUCCUGAUGGGCUUUAUCAUCACAUGAAGAAUUAUCAUCAGUUUGACUUCGAGUACAGUACAAAGAACCUCACCUUCUAUCAGAAAGUUAUGGUCAUCAACUUCAUUCGGACACGUCUUAGGGACCUUCAGUGUCUUGCGUGUCAAGCUCCUUUUCCAACUCUGCAUAGUUUGCAAGAACACAUGACAGAAGCUGGUCACUGUGUCCUUCCCAGCAGUUCAGUUUGGGAACACCAACAGUUCCUUAUACCAGUAAUGAACAACGAUGGUCUACUCUGCCAUUUGGAGGACGUGGAGGUUGAGGAUGAAGAUAAGAUCAUACCAGAGGACUUGUGCGAGUACAAAAACUCUGUGCUGGAAGAUGACAAGCUCAGAGAAGAAAUCAAAGGCACCGAAGAAAAGGAACUGGACAUCCCAGUCAUGUGCCUCUUCUGCCAUUACACAGUGUCAGGAGAGGAAUCGCACACACAGAUCUGCGGACACAUGCAGGAGUUCCAUUCCUUUGACUUUACAGAUGUAAUGAGUGGUUUGCCUUUCUACAGCCAAGUCAAACUUAUCAAUUUCAUGAGGUGGAAGACUGCAAAGAAUGAAUGUUACAUGUGCAGUCACAGUUUUAAAAGUACAUAUAACCUGGAAGAACAUCGUGUGAUAUCAGACCACUUGGUGGUGCCUCCAUCUUCUCUCUUCGAGGAUGAAAGGUGGUUACAGCCAGUCUUGGAAGGAGAUGGGCUGCUGCAGAGACUGCGAGAAGAUGGUGACUCUGACGAGGAGCUUGACAGUUUCGAUCUUUGCCAAGAGGAGACGGUGUUUGGUGAAGACAUUCAAAUUCCAUCUUCCAUCCUCAGUAAUGGUGCAAUAAGACAGGAGUUACUGGAAAACAUGAAGGAUCUGGUAAUAGAGGACCAUGAUUUGUGAUAUGUGAUAUAGUUAAUAAAGAAUUUAUACUU